GGUUUUACACGGGUCAAGGUUGCCACGUAAAACCUUUACACGUCUUUAAUCCCACAAAAGAAUAAUAAGAAAAGAAAUAAUUCGAUAAGGUGAAGAAAACACAGAUAAGGAAAUGAUUUAAAUAUUUUUUAAUUACGAGGUUUUUCCAUUCAAAAACUUUGAUUAUGUGAGUGAUGUGACUAAACCAUUUUUUGUUAACUGUAUGGAAUAAAAAGUGUUUUUGUGCGAUUAUAUCACAAUGGGGCGGCUAAUUUAAGUUUGAGCCAUGUCUUGGGUCAAGAAACGGGGGCAACCCGCCAAUGCGGGCGCUCCGCCCCAGGUUCCGAUGUACAACCCCAACCAACAUUCCAACCAAGAGAAUCACUGGCAACAAAACUACUACAACACCUACCAACAACAACAACAACCCUACAACAUGCAAUACAACCAACAAUACACUCAGAACAACUUCGAGGGGGCGCAAAGUGAAGACACUUGGGGCUCCAACUGGGGCUGGGGGGACGAAGACAACUCCAACACUCAGGCCCCCAACAUUGCCGAAAGUUUCGCGAAAGACGAGACCUGGAACUGGAAUCUAGAAGAGGCGAAGCCUCCGGAAGCCCCCUUAACCGGCAAACGAAACAAACUAGACACCCCUCAAUGGUCAGUGGAGUCUCAAAUGUCGCAAGAAUCGUCCGAUGAUGUUUUACAAACGUCCGAAAGUGACAAAAGUCGGGGGGGCGAAGCCGGCGGCCCCCAUGUCGAAAACAAGGAAAUCUUGUCCCCGAAACCCACCAAAUUUCCCACAUUGUCAGUUAACCUUGAAUCGCCCCCCGAUAACUCAGAACAGCCCGACAAGACUCCGCCCCCGCCCCGCUUCGAAAACAACGAGGCCCCCAUUAACGACCGUAACCAAUAUUUGGAAACGGCCCAAUUGUCCGACGUUGACUUUGCAAGAGUCCCCGAAAGUCACCCGAUUGAUGACGUGCAGCCCCCACCGGGGCUGCGCCGCAUGGUGGGCGGGGCCGAGUCGAGUGAACCCCCCGAAGGUUUACGACGAAUGAUUCCGGGCGAGUCGAGUUCACCCGAAGCGCGGAGCGCCGAACGAUCGGAAACGAUCGGCGCCGAUUCGGUUGACACGACGCCGCCGAAAGUUGACGAUUUGGUUUCGUCUGUUCGGAAUUUGUCGGUUGAGGAUGAGACCAAUGAGGUGAGCGGUGGGCGGAGACACAGUCGGGAAAGUUCGGAGAGUGAGCACGAGAGGCGGAGCAAGUCGCCGAGACGUGAUCGGAGGAAGGAUGAGAGAGAGAGGGAGAGGAAUAGGGGGCGGUACUCGCCUGAUAGGCGGGACAAAAGGCGGUACAAGGGGCGGUACGAGGAGGAGUCGGAUUAUUACAGUGAUAAGGAGAAGGAUAGAAGGCAUGAAAGGGAUUACGAUCGCAAAUAUAGUAGUUUAAGGAAGGAGAAGGAUAAGGAUAGAAGAAGGAGGGAUUAUGAUAGUAGGCCGCGGAAGGAUUAUUAUUAUGGGAGAUACGAGGAUGAGUUUGAAAAUGAGUCAAGGUCAAGAGCAUCAAGUCGCUCGGAUUCGAUGCAUGAGUCCUAUAGAGAGAGAGGGCAUGAUCGGAGGGAUCGCAGGCAUAAAGAGAGAGAGAGGCAUAAGAGGCGGAUGGAUCCCUUUAAUCCCUAUAAUCAGGCGUUCGGCUUCGACAUCUACAACCAGUACUACCAACAGUACCACUACUAUGAAAAUUUGCGUAAAACCAACCCGCAAGCCUACGCCCAGCUCUAUCGCAAGUACUAUCAAGAAGCAUCAGGGGAAACCCCUUACGGCACCGAAGACCGCGCUUCGGUUCAUUCCGGUCGCAGUUCAGCCAAUGACGAACUAGUCAAAGACAGGUAUACGCGUCAGAGCUAUUAUAGUCAAACGAGUUUGCCACACUUAGGAGGUUACUACAGAGGAUCUCAAACACAUAGUAUAUCGGGCCAAUAUGGCCUUGAUGACUCUAGUUUCGUGCGCACUCUUGAUCAGACCGACACCUCAUUAAAUUACGAAGACCCGAAUUUGACAGCUCAACGCUUAACGCCCGCCAAAUUUGCAACAGCUCAUAUUAAAGCUUCCAUAAGUUGUGGCAAAAUGGUUAAAAUUCUACCACACUAUCCACUUGAUGGUCAAGCUCCGACUGUUGAAUUGUGUAGUUUAGAAAAUUUCCUAUACAAUGAUGAAGACUAUCAAGAGCUGAAACGUUUUCCUGGACCUUUGGUCAAAGGAACAACACACAAAAAAACAAUCAUUGAAUAUUGUGAAAAUAAAAUAAAGAGUUGUGCUUUUAAUCAUUAUAUUGGUGAUAAGGAAUCUUAUAUUUUGAUGUGGGAGUUGCUAAUUUUGUUAAUACGACAAAAUGGGAUGGUUGUUGGUGCUGAUAUUGCCGAACUUUUGUUAAAAAAUCGGACACAAGAUGGCGUCCAAAGGGCGCCAUCUGUCAUUUCGAGUGUUGGAAGUAAUACAGUUGAAAGUGAAACAAAAGAAAAUCAACCAAUCGCAGUGUUGAAAGAAGAGGAGAUUACGAAUAAAUUCCGCGACUAUUUGCUCUACGGAUCGGUCAAGGAGGCUUUGGAGUGGGCCAUGAAGCACGGCCUCUGGGGCCACGCCCUCUUCCUCGCCAGCAAAUUAGAUAAGCGAACGUACGCCAAUGUCUUAAUGCGAUUCGCUAACGGGUUGGCCAUGAACGACCCCCUCCAAACCCUCUACCAAUUGUUAUCCGGUCGUACACCGGCCGCUGUAACCUGCGUUGCUGAUGAAAAAUGGGGUGAUUGGCGCCCCCAUCUCGCUAUGAUUUUAUCAAAUUCGACCCAAAGACCCGAAGUCAACUGUAAGGCUAUCACGGUCCUGGGUGACACACUUAUGGGGCGUGGCAGUUUAUACGCCGCCCAGUUUUGUUAUCUAAUGGCCGAAGUUGGCUUUGGGCGGUACGAUUGUGCCGAAUCAAAGUUGGUAUUAUUGGGAGCCAAUCAUAAUCAUACAUUUGGCAAGUUUGCCACCAAUGAGGCGAUUCACAUGACGGAGAUUUACGAAUAUGCGCGAAGUUUGAACGAUGAUGAUUUCGCAUUGGUUAAUUUUCAGCGUUUUAAAUAUUUACUUGCGACACGAUUGGCUGAUGUCGGUUUAUUAGAAAAAUCGUUGUCUUAUUUGGAAAAAAUUGCUAUUUUUAUUGUUAAAAAUCCGACAAGUGUCGAAACGGGAUUGGUCGAUGAUGUGGCGCGAUUGGCUGAUCGUUUGAAACACUACGAUCCAGUAGGCGUCGGUGAUGGCGAUUUUGACACGAGCCGACUUGAUAAUUCCUGGUUGGAGGAUCUAAGACGUGUACAAAACGAUCUCAACAUGGGUGUCAUUUCGCAACAAAAUGUGUCGUCUUCUACUUUACCGACACAAAAUGAACAAAUUUAUACACAAAAUCAAGAUACUUGGCAACAACAACAACAACAACAAUACGAUCAGUACCAACAACAACAAUGGAAUCCGGAACCGGUUGAACCGCCGGUACAACCGGAAACAAAUGAAAAUUAUAAUAAUUAUCAAGAGCAACAACAGUAUUGGGCGGGGCAACAGCAAUGGAACGAACAGCCGGUAUUACAGGAAACUGUAGAACAACAACAGCAGAAUUACUACGGUGCUGCUCAUAAUGAGCCGGAACAAGUCGAAAAACCCUCCCCUGACGACAUUCCGCAACCUCAAAUCUCGCUCCCUAAUCAACAACCGCAAAAAACCGAACCGACGGCCGAACCGAAAAAAGAAGUUGUAACCAAACCGAAAACUACCGAACCGGUUCAAGACAAGCAAAGUGGUUGGUUCGGCGGUAUUUUUAAUAAACUCACAUUGAAACCGAAAAAUCAAAUGAAACUACCGGAUGAUAAGAACCCGACGAUCUUGUGGGAUUCGGAGAAGAAACGAUGGGUGAACACGGACGAGGAUAAUGGAGAUGGAGGUAAUGAUUUUAAACCGCCUCCCAAGAUGGCCGAAAUGGCGCCAGUGCAGCCAACCUUCCACCAACAAGUACAAAAAGUGGAGCCAAUGCAAGAAAAUGGCAAUGUGGCGAAGCCGCCACAGCCUGCACAGGCCAAUAUGUUCAAGCUGCAAAAAAAUCGAAACAUUAAAAAAUCAUACAUCGACGUGUUUAAUCCAGGCAAGCCGGGGCCGGCUGCCGCCCCCGCGCCGCUAGGUGGCGCCCCGCAAGCCCAGCCUCCUAUGAACUUUUUUAUUCCACAACCGGUCAAUGACCCCAACGCGCCCACCGAUUUUCUGACACCAGCGCCACCUUUGCAGUUUAAUAACGACACACAGAUGUCUAGGUGGAGUUCGGCUAGUUCACUGUCAAGGGAGGUUCAGUCGUACACAAUGCAUAAACCAAUCCGCAGAUAGCUUUUGCUCUUGCUUGCUUCACAUCACAUUUCUUUUUUCCAUCAUAUGGCGCAGUGAGCGGGAUAUUGCCAACUCAACGGGAUGGAAUUCACCAAACGAGGGUUUUGUAAUUUUAUCCCAUAUUUAACGAUCCUGUGAUCACGCUGUUUAAUAUUGUAGUUUUAAUUAAUUUUAUUGAACAUUGAUUAUAUCAUAGAGAGACAAUAUGAAUAUCGGAGUGUAAGAAUUGUAAGGGAAUAAAGAAAUGAACAUUGA